UGUAAAGUAAGUAAAACUAUUUGUUAAGUCAUUUCUUUAUAGUAUUUUGUGGAGAAUAUAUAGGUCUGUACCAGUCUGUACGCAUGUUGUAUAAAUCUAGAUCUAACACUUUCUUGGCAAUUCAUUGAUAUUUUUUUAAGUUUGUCUUUUGUAAUUUUAUCUCAUGGGUUCAUACCUGUCGACACGUUGCGAAGAAACAUUUCAAACAAAGGAUAGCAUAGACCUUUGUUUUCCUCAAGACAACUGUGGACUUAAUGUUUGUCAAGAAGGUCAGAUUGACCUAGCAGAUAUUACCAGUCUUGUGGAUGAGAAUCAAGAUACAGAUCCUCAUAAUUUCACCAAUGAUCAGUCCAAAGUCCAGUCAGAUGAUGUUGAAAGUUUACUAAUUGGUGAUCAUGAAACUCAGGAGUCAGAAGGUGGAGAAGCUGAUCUACACAGACAUGGAGGUGACUGUAAGAAGAAUCCAGGUCAUAGCCAGUUUAUACCUGUUGAUACAUUCACCUUGAAACAUUUACCUAAAGGUUAUCAAGACAAAGAUUUGUAUGAAUACAUCAAAAUUAUAGCUGACGAGACAGUUAGAGUAGAUGUUAAAAUGACUAGUCCAUACAGACCAAAGAUUUAUCCAAAGACAACUCAACCAUAUCCAUUUUAUAACAUGAGUGAGAGAAGAAGCUUGAGGACAGGAAGUGGAAGAGUGUGGUAUGUAAACAAGUUUCAAGAUGGAGUCAUACAAGAUAAAGUUGAACAAGUUAGUCUUAUUGGAGGUACUGACUACACAAAGUGUUGGUGUAGAAAAUGUGAAGAUUCAGACUCACCCAACAAUGUGUGGUGGGAGUUUGUUGUGACCACAGCCAACCAUGUGGUUUUUGAUGACAUUGAGGCCAACCACACGACUUUGAGAUUGUUUUAUGAUAAAGAUGAAAGUCCAGUGGUCAUUGUUGAUAAGGUCAGUGUUGUACUUGUAGACAUUGAUUAUGACUGGUGUUUGUUGAAAUGUGUGACAUGUGACAGAAAUGUAGGAACUAAACUGAUGGAAAUGGACACAAAUUUAAAUUAUGUCAUGAACAAAGUCUGGAACAAAUACUGGGACUAUAGACCUAAACACAAAUUUACCUUUAUAGUGUCACAUCCUCAUGGAUGUUUUAAACAGGUCAGUGUUGGUCAAUGGAAGGACAGACAACAGGUGAGUGAACGUAGAUGUAAGUUGACUUAUACAACUUGUACAUGUCCAGGAAGUAGUGGAGCACAUGUCCAGUGUCUGGGGUAUGUAAACUGGACACAGUCUGUUCUUGUCCACAGUGGAAGUUCCAAGUCUGGAUUCAAUUACAGUGGAGUUGGUUAAGUCUUUUGAGUUGUUGCCCUUGUGAGUUGUCAAGCUCCACCAUGAAGAUGUUUUUGAGAACCCUUGACAUUCUGAACAUCAAACUCAAAUGUCUCUUUAGUCUUGAGAUAAAUGCAUUUAUACUUUGUGAUAAAUAGUUCUAGAUCUAGAUUUAUUCACUAGAAACAUUUUGUUUUGGACUUAGAAAAUAACAAAAACUUGCUAAGGACUUGGUCAACUUUUGUUCUGGUAUGUAAAUACAUUUUAUAUUGUCUUUAAA